AAACAUUUGUUUACAAAUUUGAAGUUCCGAUUGAAUAAUUUAGAGUUAAAAUCAAAUAAAGAGAAAUGAUUCGACUGAUAGUUGAUAAAACACUAUUAAUCAAAUCGCACUGUAGCUUAAAUAACUUUAGAAAUUUGUUAAAGUUCACCAACAAAUCAAAGGAAGUAAAUGUUCGGCAAUUUAAUUCAGUUCAAAAUGCUUCUAACUCAUCUUCACAAUCUUCGGCAAAGGAUAUUGUCUUGUUCAGAUAUGAGAAUCUAAAAGUUUUUAGAUUAAUAAAUCUCUUUGGCACAAGCCAAUUGUUCUUUUGGGUUUAUAUGGGGACAUGGGCUUUCUAUGACUUGCGGAAUGUGAAAGUUUCUGAGGAUCAAAUGAAUGAUGAAGACCUUGCAUGGUGGCGUAAAAUAAAUUUAGGAGAAGAGAAAUAUAGAUAUUCAAUUGCUUUUUUCUGCUUCGCAGUUGGAUAUCUUUUUAUUUUCUCAAGUUGGAUGUACACAUUGCGAUCAGUGAGAUAUCUUAUUGCUCGUAAAAAUGGAAAAGAUAUUUCUAUUGUGUGUUACACACCGCUUGGUAGAAAUAGAAUCAUGGACGUACCAAUCAAAUGCAUCAGCGCACAAGAAUCGCGACAAACUACAAAAGGCUAUCUUCCAUUGAAGGUCAAGAACAGAAUGUUUUACUACAUCCUUGACAUGAAGGGAGAGUUCAAGAACACCAAAUUGUUUGACAGUACAGCGGGAUUAAGUAGAAAGUUUUAAUUGAAUGACUCAUGUGUUGCUUAUUCAAAUAAUAAAUAGUAAAAGAAAAUUA